AUGGUUCUCUCAACUCUUGGUCAAUCUUUCUCGUUCCAUUCCUCUCCUGAGUCCUUCAUCUCGUCUCGGUUGCAAGACCUGGCGAUAUCAGACCCGGAACAACUUCCCUCGACUACGGGGAAGAAGAACAUUGUUGUUGCUUCUAUAUUGAACAGAAAGGUACAUAUUGUAUCAUCAUAUCAAUUGUGUAAGGAUAUACUGGAGGCUUCUUCCUCUGCAUCAUCCAGCAAUCUCACUCCCAGCACUAUUACUGCAACGGCCGCUGGUAUCUUCAGUCAAGAUGUCAACCCUCGAUCUCUGGAUGCCGACAUCCUGGCUGCAGGUCCGGCCUACCACCAGCUCAUGUCGGACUUCUUCCCUCCGCCCAAUAUCCUUCUUGAGGACGGCACAACCCACGCUGUGCACAAAAGAACCUGGGCUGACCAACUUUCCACCUUCGCAUGUGACAGUACGCCCCAGAUUCGCCAGAUUACGGAGAAACACAUCUCCUCGCUACUACAUCCGGCCACUGGUGGUGCCGAUGGCAAGGUCGACCUCUACGAGACGCUCAAAUCGCUCGCCUGGGAAAUUCUACUGAGCGUUUUCCUGGACUUAUCACCAUCAUCCUCACCAGAAGAGUUCUCCCAGGUAGAAAGCCUACAAGAAACUCUGCUCCGUGGCCAAUUCUCCCUCUUUCCUGUUUCGAUCAACACCCGGCUCUGGCAGUCUCCCAGGAGUAAAGGCAUAAAAGCGAGAAAGGAUCUUCAAGUCAAUCUUGGGGAGAUCAUCAACAGGCAGGAAGCGGGUUGUCCAUUUCUGAAACAGGGAGCAACCAGCAAAGAGGACGCGGCGAACCAUGCCUUGCUUUUCACGAGUUCGCUCGCUGUCAAGGCAUUGGCCAGUCUCCUGACCGCCUUCGUUCUAAAUCUUUAUCUGUGGCGAGACCGAGGUCACGGCUACAUGGAGGACGGAGACGGCAUCGAGGAAGUGAAAGGACCAACAACCACGUCUUUAGCAGAACUGAUCCGUUCCCAAGGCGACCUCGAUGCCCAAGCACGAAUGCUGCGGAGCAUUUUACUCGAAACCGAACGCCUGAGCCCGCCUAUCGUGGGCGUUAUGCGGAGAGUCCAGCGAGAUAUUGUUCUUAAGCCUCAUCAACAGUCUUACUCCCAAUCCGAAACUGAAACACCCACCAGCACCGCCACCAGAAACAUGAAUAAUAGCAUGACUUACCCACCACCAUCACCACCACCUGAAGGAAACGCCAUGCACCACGCCGUCCCCGCAGGUCACGACAUCUGGCUCUACCUCUCAGGUGCAUCACGCGAUCCCACCGUCUUCGGAAACGACGCCGACCUCUUCAGAUUCGAUCGCUAUAUGCCAUCCCCUUCCUCUUCCUCCUCUACUUCGAACAAAGACUUGCACUCCCACUCCGACUCCGAUUCCUUCGAUCCACCUCCCUCUCUCGUCUUCAGCGCCGGUCCGAAGACCUGCUUAGGCACCGAACUCGUGCGUCAGAUUGUUCUUACGGUGGGUAAGGCCAUGGUUGACGUGGGGGUGGAGAUGGAGGGAAUGGUGGAGGAUAGAGGGGUUCGGGGCUGGCUUGGUUGGGACGCUGGCGUGCAGCCGGAGUGGGUGGCUAAGGGGAUGAAGCAGUUGCCGGUUCAGAGGCCGAGGGUGGGUGUUCGGGUGGGAAUUUUCAGGAAGGGGUGA